CCCGUCGGUUGCGGAGCUCCGUGAUGUGUCGGUGGUCGGAGAUGCGAGCUUCGCGUCUCGUCGGCCUCGUUCCUCGGCCCAAUUGACGCCAGUGAAGCUACGAAGUGAUACCGACGAAGCACCACCACGCUCGUCGUGCUCUGGACGUCGUUCCAGGGGCACGCUGUGGACGCGACGGACUUUUUGAACGAUCAAGCUGGACUAACACCUAGGAAGCCCUGGCUUCUCCGCUACACCAGGAGAGUCAGGCUCCCACAAUGGCGCCGACGACGAUUGAGACGGUCACGGUCGUCAGGCCACUGAAGGUAUUUGCCUUCAUCUGCGGCCUGAUCGUGAUCCUGCUGAUGAUCCUGUGCCUGGCCUCGUCCAACUGGCUCAUAGCGCACAAGUUUCGCCAGGGUCUCUGGGAGCAGUGCGUGGAGGAGGACGCGCCGCUCCCGCUGCCCUUCGGCCUGAACGUCAAGCCCGGCUGCUACGUGGCGCGCACCGUCGCCUACAUCCAGGCAGCGGCCGCCCUCUGCGUCAUCACACUCCUCUGCGACAUCGCCGCCACCGUUAUGACCGGGUGUGGCCUCUGCAGCAAGAACCCCGUGCGCAAGUACCUCAUGUACAGGCUCGCCUUCUACGUUAUGGUCUGCGCACUGCUGUGUAUACUGAUUGCGCUGGUGAUCUACCCGGCAUGCUUUGCGGCCGAAAUCGAGGAGAGCAACCGGCAGCUGUGGGAGUUCGGCUGGGCAUAUGGCGUGGGCUGGGGCGCGGCCAUCUUCCUAUUUGGCGCCAUCCUGCUCCUGCUGUGCGAUAAGGAGACCGAGGAGAUCUACUACCGCGAGCGCGCGCUGCCGCACGAUGGGGCGGCGGACUCCAAGGCGUAGCCUCCGGGCGUCCGCCUGGGCAAUGGACGCGCCGUCGCCGCCUGAACACAACAGCGCGAGCGUGCCGAGGAAACGCCCAGGCGAUCGUCGCCCGCAGUGCUCCACCCCAAGUCUGCCUCCCCUUACUGACGAUGAUGAUGCGCUAUUCAUUGCCUCCGAACCCACUACCCCACCUACUCCAAUUAAAGGAGCGUUUGAAUGUGGAGGAAAGAGAGGACCACGAGCGGUUCUCGACAGAGCAGACUCUUGCAUUCUGCCUGGCUUGGGUUAUGCAGGUCUUUCUGCAUCUCCACACCAUGGCUGCUCGUUUGGGAAGCGUGCAUGAUGCGGUCUUCAGUGAAACGGCCUUGGGUUGGUAGAAAAGAAAAAAAGCCUUCACUAUGUAACUGCUUGAGCUCUGUGCACCAUGAGAGUGCUUUUCCAUCGUGUGGAAUGUGAGAAAUUUUUCACCUUAAAACAGUCUCUUUAGGGAUUCUUGAGGAUUGUCAAUUCAGAACUGAGGACAUUGUGCACAGCUUCAAGGCUGUCAUUUUGCAGGAGGUGCAGAGUACUAGUACCUUCUGGAAACUGAGCACGGGCACAUGGUAACCUCUAGUCAUUUGAAUUGUAUGACACAUUUCCCUUCAGUGUGUCACUAGCAUUGCGCAAAAAUGUAUGGCAGCAGCUUCCUUGACUUUGUUCUCAUUUAGGCAUCAGACUGAGCAGCCGUGAAUAUGUCUAAAAGGAGCUUGUAUAUUAGUUUCCAGAUGUGCAGGCUCCGCUUCCCUCGGCACAUCUAUGACUGCGGGAACAUCUGAGUAGAUUGUCGGCAGCAUGUUAUCGCCUAGUUUGAGCAAGUGAAGCCGCACUGUGCAUGUUUUGAUCGAGUAGCCAUGGCUUUGGAUGGUGUAAGUGAGAGAAAAAAAAGCCUUGCAAUCGCCCUGCCAUGUCACUACCUGUUAUUACCAUCGUGAAAGAGUGCAUUGAGUGCUUCAGACUGUGAGAUAUUUUCGUGCUUUCCUCGCACUGUUUGCGGAUGAAGUUGUCCAGCUGUGUGUCUGCGGGUGCUGCUGCCUGCUAUGCGAGUGCUGGUGUGCCUGAUGUGAUUCCUCGUCCACUCCAAGUCUACCGUCAUCAGCAGUGUGAGAAAUGGAUGACUGGAUGUGGAAAUUGUUGCUCUGUUUUUUUUUUCUUCCUAUUAUUAUUUUUGCGCAAGAGCAAUGAUGUGUUCGAUUCAGCCACACCGCUUGAUCACCUGCAAAGCCAAAAGAAAGGAAGUUGUUGCAGUGGUUCUUUUGUCAGGUCUACAGGCACGCUGCUGCCCACAAUUUGAUAUAGGACAAUGCAGGACGGUCCACCAUGGUUCUGCGGACUUCGCACGCAACAUCGUGACGCCCUAAUUCACCGCAACUGUGCACCGUGGCUGUGAGUGUGUGUCUGGUGUGAGCAUGCACGACCCCGAGAUGAGUGCUGGGCCAGCUCUUCGACACGUACGGUUGUGCAGAAGUCGCAGCAGCAGACGACUUGCGGUCAUAGUGCCAGUGUGGUGUGUGUGCUUGUCGUAUCGCGUUGAGGUGUCAAAGGUGGCCGCAUUCGAGCGGUCUAGUGGUUUGAGUGUUGAUGCUGUCGAUGUAGAAUUGUGUGUAGGACGAGGCAAAGACGGAAAGGAGUGUAAGCCUUGAUGUUAUCGACUUUGUUCAGGAGCAUCAAGUCGGACACUGUGUUGGAUGUGCCGCGCUGUACGCAAAGUGCGAGACAUGAUGAUAUACGAUGCCUUGAUCUGCUGGUUUAACAGUGAAUACACGACCUGUCGGCUUAGAGCAGUGCUCCUGUUUUACCUUCUGCAGAUUAACCAAGCUAUGGAGCCUUGAGGAUGCGAAAUCAGCCUCAGCUGAGAUUGUUCUGUGCAAAAGCGAUUGAAUGGGUUUCAACCCAGUCAAUCCAUUUGGUAUACUUUCCUCUCAUAUUCGGAAGCUUCAGGUGGCCUCAAAUUGCUUGACAUUGACUGCUCAGCUCAUGCAAGGUGCCUGUGCCUCAACAAACCAUAGAAGAAAUGUUUGUGCUUAAAAGUAUCACCUCUGUGUGAUUCACUGGCAGACUCCACAGUGCUGAUUGUAAUUCGAAAUUGCACUGGUUAUUCAAAAUCUUAAAAAGCAGAAUGGACUAAAGUCGCGUGGCUCUAAUCUUGUUUCUUCCGCAGUGGUCGUGUCACUUUUAGACCAGUUUGUACAUAACAAUAGCGAUCUCUUUUAUUCAUUAUGCUUUGUUCUUGUUGAACUGUUUCGUUAACUGCCUACUUCCCCUUAUACCACAUCAUGCCAGGAGCGAAGGGAUGAUGAGCUGUAACGAAAAUGAACAUUCGUAGGGAACACUAGCUGUUCAGUGACUCUUUUUGCAAAAAUGACUAUUGUGUUCUCGCUUUGAACUAGCAGCAGCUGUAAGCCCACAAAGGCUGUCCAUGAAAACUGGCACCUUGCUAAGUAAUUUCAUUGCAGACAAGGAUUGCAAGGGGAAAGGUUGUGAUGCAAUUUUCGCACAGGAGCUUAUGGCAAGUCCUUUUGUGUUGAUAAGUUGAAUGCUUUUUGGUCGAGUACUUCCAUGUCUGGUUUCCUCAGUGGCAGCUGCAAUGAGAUGUUGUCAUGUUUUUGGGUGCCGAUUGUUGGUGCCAAGAGUCUGAAGAGAUUACUGCAUAAUUGACACCCCGUCACAUGGCACAAUGUCAUUUGCAGCAAAUUAGAUGGUAUUUUAAUGCUGUCUCUUUUGUAGGCUCACUGGUAUUGUGAACAAGAUUCGCAGUUGAUAAUGCUGAACCAAUGAACGUGUUUUCCUGAAUGCAAGCGUGCACAACUUGUGUGCCCUCGAGACAGUUACUAUCUGAUGCUUUUCAAACCAUCCUUUUUGUUGGGGAAGCAUUAUUGACAUGAAUUUGAUUUAACAUGGGGUACAAAUGGAAAUGUGUAAAUGAAAAGCGUGACUUACAACUUCAUGUGUCAUAGCACUCUGCCAAAUAACAUCACCACCAAUUGUGAAUGCUUUUUUUUAUACACAUUCAAACCAGAAACAGUCCUGCUGCAAUGACCUUCAAUAAAUCAUUUAUUAAAAAUGAUUCUACUGUGUCAUGUGACAGGAGUAUUCUUUCACCUGUUUUCGUUUUUACUGCAUUUUUCUGUUUCAUAAUGUUGGUUUGUUUAUAUGGGGCUGUAGGCAAUCUGAAGAUGAGUUCCUUAAUAAUAUUUUAGUGGCAAUUGCAAUGUUUCAUUUAAUUGUGCAUGCAUUAUGCUCACUGUGCAAAACCAUAUUUAAUUUAUUCCAAUUACUAUUAUAGAACUUCAUUCUCACAUUCUUAUGUUGCUUCAGGCUUCUUCACUAUGAAGAAACAUGUGUUGAGUGUUGUGAGCAACGUUGCACUAACACAACGCAUUUUUGUUAGUAAAGAAUAUCCUGAUUUUCACGUUUAACACGGAUGUUUUGUAAUGUGGCUGGUAAAGCAGCCCAAUUUUAUUUUUGAUGUUUUAUGUAAUCUGGCAUGUGUGCCCUGUGUCAACAAUCUAUAAACCACCUUACAGUUUACCAAGAUUGGAUUUUGUAAAUCUUUCUGAUGACUUUCAACCUCUUUGUUAAAUAUCAUUGUGCCCUCAAUUAUUGAUAGUGAUGCCCUUAACUGUUGACUGAGAUUGUCUGACGUGAUUAGCAGAAUGUUGACAGCUUCCAGUGGAGUGAUUUCAUGGUUGGUGUUUGGUGAGCGGGUGUUCUUGUGAAACACAACCUAUGCAAAACAGAUGGCAGCUUUCCUCUCUUUUUCUUUUGAAGAUUCACAAAAAAUAAAAGAGCCCACAUGAGCUGAGCUGAGUGCCUGUGCACCUUGUUAGCAAUAUUCAGUCGUACAUUGGUCAGAUUUUUCAUGAGAGAUUGUGCAGAGCCUAAGCAUUCUCUUUGUUCCGAACACUUUUGAAAACUUGUUCAUUUAAAGGAGCACUGACACGAAUUUUAAACAUUUUGGGAUUGCUACUCUAAAUGAGAACAUGGGGUUCGAGAGCCCUAAAAGGAGUAUUGUUGUGCUUGGAAUGCACCGCAUAUAUUUUUAAUAGACCAUUAUCUGAAAAAGUUGCUAAAAAGUCACUCUCGGUUUCGAUACCAAAGGGUUGGCUUCUCCGUGACAUGCCAUGUCAGCGUGACAUCACGGGAAGACUGUUAUAAUGGCAGAGCUUCCAUGAGCUCGUGGUACAUAUGAACAACAAUGAGUGCAUUGUCACCAGUGACCCUGACAGCGAUUUCUGCGAUUCAGGCUGCAUGGAGAACGCAGAGUUCGCAAAUUCGGUGGAACUGAGUUUUAUAGUGGGGAUAGUGCCCAUUGCGGUGGGUCUGGCUUGCUGGCACUCAGUGACGAAAACCUUAAAAAUCUAAGAAAAUAUUUAUACGUGUUACACACUCUGUGUGUGGAGAGUGUGAACACUGCAUAUCAAGGAAACGAAAAUGCCCAUGUUGCGAUGUCUCAAAAUCGUGUCAGCACUCCUUUCACUGAAGCGCUCUGAAUAUUCUCAAGGACACCUAUUCAGCUUCUUCAUUCUUUACUUUGUGAAUGCAUUUGAAUGUUCAUCAAGUUUUGCUAUAUUUAGAUUGCUGUGUUUCAAAAAGCUGCCAGCUCUGUUUACUGCAAAACUAGGAAGUAAGCCAUAGACAACUGCAAAUGACAGAAAGCUUACUUCCAUUAUGAUGAAGUGGACUCUCUGUAAACGGAAGUCUCUCUAACUGAGGUCGCUGCUUUAAGUUGCAACUACUGCCCCUACUAUGAUUAAUUUUGUGCUUUAAAUUAGGAACUCGGAUCAUUUCCUUGUAAUGGAAUUUCUGUUCAACGUAAAAUGUUUUGUGGUCCUUUUAGAUUCAUUUAAUGAUAGUCCACUGUAUACAGAACCACUUAAGGCUACAAUAUUAUCUCUGCUGUGAAAGUUGGCUUUAUUCCUUUAAAGUUCUGAUUGUUCGCCAUCAUCAUGUUCUUUUUUUUUCUUUUGCCACUGGGUUCUGCGAGGUGUGUGCGCGUGUGCGUGAGGGUUUUGCAAGUACGCAUUGUCGGUUGCCGUGGGCAGCGCAUAGGAAUGAAAUGUCGUCGUGCAUUGGGAAGGCAUCGAGCAUGGUAGAGUUUCUGGAAUGCAUGCGUCGCUGAAGGGUUGAUUCUCUGCCGACGCUUUCUCCAAGUUCCUCUCUACUAGAGUCAACCAUCCCCUUCUUAACCUCGACAUCCAAAUAACCCCCCUUAUCCUCUCAUUAAUUCUCCUCUAUUUUAAUGUAGCUUCUUGAAUCCAACUAAACUCUGAUACCAAGUACUACUGAGAGGGCGCUUAUUGGUGUUCUGUUCACACCUUUCGUCAAGGAUUGAUGCCAUGCGGCAUUCUGUGAAACAAAAUGUUAGUGGGCAAAGCUGCUCAACGCUACACUUUGCAAGCUAUUUGUUAUGGCCAUUGCGAUAAAGGGCACAUUUUGAGCCUGGCUUUUUUUUGUAUGUCUCGUUGAUAUAUUCUGCCUCUUGCAGGUGCAGCAGCUCAUUAAUAUCAUUCAACCUAGUUGGUCUUUCAUUAUUCGUCAUGGAGAGACAGCAAGGCAUAAAUGCAAUGACCUUAAUAAUGCUUCCUGUACAAGUGAAACACCACAUCAAGAUAUUUAAAUUGGUUAAAUCAAACACAUCCUACUGAGAUCGUGAUAAGGGAUCAUGUUUGCCACAUUUGUCCGAGCUGCUGUUCUUCAUGUGGACACGUAAACUGUCCUAUAAAUUUGAGACCUCACUAAGCCCCAGGCUCUCUAUAGCUUCAACGAUUCCAUCAAUAACUUCUGAACUCCACACGAAGAGGUGUGUGAAGGUGUUGCACUCAGGUGCCAUUAUUGAAGCUUAAAGAAUUUUUUGGUAGGUAGAAGUUUUUGAAGGGCGUUAUCUUUUCUUUGCGCUGGCAUCUUUUGCCUUCUUUUUUUGUUUGCUUCAAAUAUGAAUAGGAUUGCUUCGGCUUGCAGGACAGGUUUUGUGUGGAUGAUCCACGGUGCGACAAACAUAUGCCAACACAAGUGACGUCACACACGUUCAUGCGAGUGACACAGCAUACACUGGAUAAAUGGUAUGAACACCUUUAGGAAGUCUGACGUGCAAGCAAGCUUUUCCAGACUCUUUUUAACUUUCUCCAGUGCUGGUGGAUUCCUUAGAAAUUCCCUUCCUAAGCCAAGACAUUGAGAUGCUCUGGCUGUUUUCACAACGCUGGCAAAGUGUUGUUGAGAUGAUAUUAGGCUAUUAAAAUUGGCUAUUAUAACCAACACCAGUUAAUUGCUGCUUGUGAUCGACACAUCUCCUGUAUGCUUGCCUGAAGGAAUCGCAAGUUAAAUGGGCAUCUUCUUUGAUGGCAGCUAACCUAAUUUGUUAUUUAUUUGUCAUCCUUUCAUACAUCACAACUCGUGUGCCAGCAUACAGUAUAAAAUAUUGCUCUAAGACUGCUGGUAGCCAGGUUUAAAACACAAUAUUGUAGUAGUUCAUGGAGGUACUGACGUUCAGGGAAAUCGAAAAGCGUCUUGCAACCUUGACGGAUAAGGAACUUGGGAUAACGUUAAUCAUGUUUUCCUUUUGUCACUCUCUAGGCUCACAGAUGCAGAUUGUCAGUACAUUACUGGGCUAGCUCAGAAAUGCAGGAAAAGUCGUGCUGUGCAUAUGGCUUAGUGCUCGACAUUUGUGUGAAAGGUAAAAAAGCCCCGAAAAAAAGGGUACUGCUAGAGGUCAGCGUUGCGACGCUGCAAGGAACUGUGUUGUAAUUUGUUAUAUUUAUUAUGUGCUGAGAGUGUCUUCAGUGUGGAUGUGCACUAGAGCUGUAAUGUGUGCUGUUCUUCUAUUGGACGUGUAUAGCCCGAUUGUUUUGUGCCUCGCAAAUAUGUAUGCAAUGAAAAUUCACGAAGAACUUGAGUUUUCUUUUCUUUUGGAAGUGCGAGCUCUUUCACGAAUGGCAUCACUCUGUUGUAGCGGCACGAGCUACGGGCGUAGGGCGAUAGCUAUGUUUUUACAUUUUUGCUUCGACAUUUCCUGUGGGAAAGAGGUCCCUUACUUUUCUGCACUGAUGUGCUGAGGGGAGAAAAUUUACGCCGCUGAAUCGUAGUAUUGACGCUCGAGCGGCAGUUGUCGAUCUUUGCAUUUAUUUCCAACUUAGUUCUUACUUCGUCUUGUUCUAAGCUUUCUCAUUUCUUUUGAAAUAUUCUGGUAAGUGAGAGAAUAAGCUCCCAAGUCGUCCUAGGAUAGUGAAUAUUGGAACCACUGCCAAACUGUGUCCUUCGGACGCAGAAUGCGUUAUGGAGUUCUGGCGAGAGUCGCCAGAUGCUUGUAUCGUUUUCUUUGUAUUCUCCGAGAAUGUAUGUAGCUUUCAUGUGUUUUUGAUAAUGGAUGUGCGUGCUUUGAACUCCUGUAGGUUCGGUUGCAUGGUUUUUCACACUUUGGAAUUGCGUACCAGCGCCGCACAUUUUGCAUCCUGCUCCAUACGAGUCAUUGCACGACUACCGACACACUGCUGUCGCAUGAACGCAGUGCUUGCGCUGCGACGCUUGCUCGUCAUUUCUCGUGAGCGUGUGCGACUGUUAGCAAGUGGAACUUUUCAUUGUCAUGUGUUCACCGUGAGGCGAGUGAUGUCCAAAUAGACUUUAGCCUGGAAACUGAGUACGCUUUAUUCCUCCGUUUUGCUUUGUGUUUGUUUCAUGUGCACGUGAAGGCAUUUACAUGCUUUUACGUUUGUAUGCACAGUAAAUUCAGUGGGCAGGCUUUUGCCAAGUCGCACUAGAACCUUCUCAAAUCAAUUUCUUGCUUCAGCACUUCCUGGGUGUUUAUGUUAACUAAAGAGAAAUAUCCCACUCACUUAAAAUCUGCACUUUACUGUAGUGCAGCAAUUCAUUUAUUAGAACAUUCAUCUUUUGUAAUAAUCUAAUCACGUGAAUAAGUUCAUGAAAUAUGACAGCAGUAGAGUUAACUAAACAUUAUGUGAAUCGGUAUGUUCCCAGACUAUCAGUGCACUAAAACGGAUAAACACUAUACAGAACUGAAUCUGAAUGCAGUGUUUGUGUUAUUGUACCGGACUCGUUUCCAUCACUGUCACUGUGGUCAUUGCAUCUGUAUAUGUAUGCACAACUUUUCCUUUGAAGGCAAACACUUUAAAUUUGCAUUUAAUUUUUCUCCACAUCGUAGGCUUCCAUUAAGUGCUUGCUUUCAUUCUCAAUAUUUUAGGAAUAGAGGAGGAUAGCUGGAGAAAGGUAUUAUUAUUAUUAUUUUGCUUUUUUGAUUUGUCUGUGCAUUUCCUUUCGAGGAGUGUAUUUCAUCGUUAGUACCGUGCUGUACAGUUUAAUGUUGUUGGUAAAUACACAAGAAGUAUACAAAUGAACAAGUUAAGCUAAAAGCUCCACUCAGUUCGCUUGACACUGAGAUUGCAUAUAAAGUGGGAAAGUCGACUACUAAAGAUUAAUGUGAAACUUUAGUGUCUGUAUUGCAUUUUUUCAUGCACCGAUAAAUGUAUUCAUAGCUUUUGCCUCACCCUUUUCUGCAUCGUACUUGAGGAACCUACUACAUUUGGCUGCACCAUUUUUGCAUUCCCUCGAUGCUUGGCAAUAGAAUCCCUUUUCACUUUCAUUCGUGGGAACUGUUUUGGUGAGCUGUGUUGCACUGUUCUGCGUGGACAUUGCAAAACUACGAAACUAGCUUGUGAAGUGUUCGUUGCAGCCAAGACGUUCCUUUUUUUUUUCCUAUUCUUACUUGGGUGCCUGCACGGUGACAGUUUGGAGUUCGAGGGAAUGUAGCAGAGUAACUAUUUCUUGCGGUCAGUAGACAGCGACAGGUAACGAAUGUGACACACUCCUCUUAUGAAGUCACUGCCUAUAGAAGCACUGAAGGUUGAACUGGUUGAUAAUCUUGGAAUUUUCCGAUGCAAGAAAAACAAGGGCAGCAAAUUAUCACGGGCCAACCGACAUUUGUAGUCGGUUCUGCUUAUCUGUGCUUCUUGAAUUGUUUGAAGUCACUGUAUGCUCUCUUAUGAGCUAAUCUUCUUCAGUGAUUCAUUAGCUUUGGCUGAGUCCUGCGACCACGGGCCAUCCUUUCCAUUCCCAAUCAGUGAGCUCUACACUUAAGCGUGGUCGGUUUAAGAAGUGGUCAACCAAUGGCACAAGUUGGCGUGGCCAAGAGAGGUUUUUAUGCACGUCAUACACGAAUAUAUGCUACAUCGUGUCACCUGGUAGUCACAAGUGCAGCUGAGCACCGAGUGAGUUGCAGAAAAAAAGUACUUGACUGUGGCCUGUGAACCUCUGAAAGUGAUCGGCCAUUACCCAGCAGCGUGCAGCAAAUGGAUAUCAUUACAGGACCAAAGUUAUGAUGAGGAAAUAUAAAUUGGCAUGCUCGUUUAGAGGCAACAUAUUAGUGGUGCUAAUUGGCUAGUGUAUAACAUGCAGGCAUGCUCGCAAGAGACGGAAUUCAGUGAACAAUGGCUAUUAUUUGGCAAAUGGAUAAGAGUUCCAUUUGAUGUGCAUUAACAACCGUAUUCUUGACCUGUCACUGGCCAUCUAAGAGAAGCAGCUUCAAUUUUACUCCAUGCCCGUACCAACUGUUUUUUGGCAAUUUGUGUGCAAUGUGAUAUGUUCCAAUAUGAUACCGAUACCAUUUUGUUUUUCUUCGAAGGCUACAGUGGUCCCCUUCAUUUUUUUUUUCCUUGCCGUAUUUAAAGUCACGUGUUGCUUCUGUAGAAUAAUCCGUGAUGGACUUUUUUUUUUUUUGCGAGUUGCAGCUAUUGCAAUGUUCAACUUGGAUUUUUCGCUUAGUUUUUUUACUUGUUUUUGUUCCGUCCAUAUAAAUAGAUAGCCUGCUAAACAGUAGGAUACUUUUUUGUUGUAAAAAUAAAUACAAAUCAGUUUUAGGUUAAAAACUCGUUUCUGUUUUCCUUGCUUCUUGUUUUUUUGUAAAUACGAUAGAAAGCCAAAUACUUGCCAGUUGCUUUUGCAUGUGGCGAGUGAAGGCACAGUACUCUGGUGUAGCGAACUGCUAGACUAGCUUGUGAUGAUGUGGGUUGUGCAUUUCAGCAUUCUUUUGUAUGUGUGUGGUUUUUUUUUUCUAACAUGUAUAACAUUUAACGCUGCUGAACAGCUUGGCUGUUGUAAGCAGACAGCAAGUCUUUUACCCAAGCUGCAGAAACAUUUGGAAAACAUAUUUUUCUUUCACAAGCAAAAGAGUACACUUAUAAACAUAUUUACUGGGGCAACACCCAAGACAAACAUCCAUGGUAAGUUCUGGCGCAGAUUGUCAUUAAAAAGCACUGCAACCAUUCUUAGAUGUCCAAGUUAUCAUUCUGGUAAGACAACUAUUGGGGCUACUUUGUUUUAACUGGAAAACUUUAGUGCUGGUACAAUGAGAUUCCUUGCGAUGAAAUAAAGCAUGUUCAAAGACAGUUCUUUUAGCGACUUUCACAUGGACACUUGAAAAAUGUAUGCGAAGUUGAUAUGCUUCAGUACUGUUGUCUAUGCUUGGGACGAAGUGCUGUCUGAAUGAAAUCUACAUGCAAUUCUCUCUAUGGUAGACAUUUCACCCACGCACACUGCCAUCUGUGGCUUUCAUGUGUGAAAGUUGUUUUGUGGUGUAAUUAAUGAGUGGGAUAAAAUUGCAAAAAAAAAGCAAAGUAUCCAAGCCUGUGCAAAGAGGCUCGCAUAGAUAUGUACAUUAAUCUUUCGAGUGUUUAUAGAACUUUUGAUGUGCUUGCCGCAAAAAAAAAAAAAAAUGUUACUGCCUACUUCUGUGUGCAAGCUAAUUGCAGGUGCAACUCGUGUGUGUGUGAAAGUUUUGCAGACUUUUUUCACUGUGUUCGCAAUACAGCUUGUUUUUCACUACCAUCUCUCUCGAAUAAUUCCUGUCAGAAGAUUAUUAUUGUCAAUGUUCCACACUAGCCUCAGUUGCCAGUUCCUCUUCAAUCACUCUUUUUGUUCUUCUGUUGCUGAACUUAGUUCAGCAGAGAAACUCUUCUAAUGCGGUUUGUUUUCUGGCAAGAUCAAAUAAAAGUUACAUUUCGACUGUUA